AUGCCAGGUGAUGGUAACCAGGCUCAACCAAGAGCCCAGACCAUCAGAAAAGUUUGUGGUGAUGAGGCAGGUCAGAGGACAAGCUGGGAAGUCAGUCCAUGGAUCAGGGUGAGGGUCAGGCCUGGUGAGGGUAACCAGGUGGAAGAUGAUCCAUCCAUACUUGUAACAAAAAGUAUGGUCGCAGAUUUGAAAUCUAGCAACCAGCGAGAUGAAAUUGCUGCAGCACGUGCAUCCCUGAAGGAAAAUUCCUCUCUCCUACAUUCAAUAUGUUCAGCUUGCUUGGAACAUUCAGAUGUUGCAUCCCUUACAGCCAGCAAGGAUUCAAUUUGCAAUGAAAUACAGAAUGCUCUCAAUGUAAUUUCUAAUGCUUCCCAAGGAGUUGGAAAUAAAAUGGGACAACCUACAUCUUGCACAGCUACUCUUGGAAGUGCACUUGAUGAGCUUGAGAAUUUAAUUAUCCUGGAUCCUCUUGUAGUAAAUGAAGAGAAAAUAAGGCCAUCACUAGAGAAACGCCUGGAAGCUAUUAUCAGUGGAGCGGCUUUGCUAGCUGAUUCUUCUUGCACGCGCGAUUUUCAUCGAGAACGCAUUAUUGCUGAAUGCAAUGCUAUCCGCCAAGCUCUCCAAGACUUGCUUUCUGAAUACAUAAACAAUGUAGAAGAUUGGGCUUGUGAAAAUUGGCAUAAUUGGGAAUCUGUGGAAGAGCAGUUAAAUGAGGCCAGAGGUCAUAUUAAAGCUGCAAAAGACAACCAACAAAUUCCAUCUUUAAUGGGGACCCAAGGAGACAUCAUUUUGGAUAAUGAAGUGUAG